AUGUCUUCUUCCUCCUCUACAUCAAAGAACUAUUCUUUGGUUUCACAAAAAAAUAAUAAUAACAACACUAAAGACAUUACACCUCCCACAAUGAAAACUAAAAAAAAAUUAUCCGUAUAUCAAGAAUCUGGCGAACCUCUAAGUGCAGAAGCCCUAUACAGAGCUAAAUUGAAAACCGGUGCCUUCCAAUCCCCCACUUCAAAAUUAAGUAAAGGUCUAUCAAACCCUAAAUUGGCUUCAGAUGUGGCUGCUCAAAAAGCCCACAAAGAUCAUAUUGCACCACCGCAAUCAAAUGUAGAUACCUACAAGAAAUUACUUGGUGGUAGUGGUAAUGGCAGUGCCACCGAUUCUUCAAACUUUGUAGAUUCUAUCCCCAAAAGAAUGAGAAGACCCUCUUCAUCUUCUGCUGCAGCUACAAAGGCCUAUUCUGCCUCCUCCAUUGAAGAUGACUUGGAAUAUAAUUAUUCAUCUUUUGUCGGAUCUCCAUCUUUAACUGCUACCCCAUUGAAAUCUACUCCCAAUGGAUCCCUAUUCACAAGUGUGACUAGUUCUACUUCCAAUACAAUCACUUCUCCUUCUCCAACAACUUUAAGAACAAAACCAAAAGUUAUAGACCCACAAACUUUAAAAGCUUUAUCUGAUAAUUUGGAUGUAACUACUGAUUCAACUUCAAGUUCGAAAAAAGAUCAAACUUAUUCAAUUAAAUCAAAUGGUACCAUUAUAAAGGGGAAACUUAAAUCGAAAAUCAAUUCCAAGACAAAUUCUUUUUCAAAUAAAGAAUCCUCUCAAUCCAAUUCUUUAAUUAGUAACGCUUCUACAAUUAACAAUAAAACAAAGGCAAAACAGAAAAAAAAUUCGAAAUUUAAAAAAUCUGAUGAUUUGAAAAAUGUCAAUUUAACUCCAAUUGAUAUGACGAAAUUAUUUAAAGGUGCUGAAAAAUCUGCUGAAACAAGACUGAAUUCAAGACUUCAACCUGAGAGGAAAGAAUUCGAAUACGGGUUACUUACAAAUACCACUAGAUAUGAGUUUUAUCAUAAUUUACCAACAGCUUUAGGUAGUGAAAACCCAGGUGCAAACGAUGAAAAAAAACCUGUGUCAAGAUCAAGGUCACAAAGUAUUGCCAAAUCCAGAUCACAAAGUAUUGCAAGGUCAGGUUCUCAAAGCAUUGCAAGAUCCAGAUCCCAAAGCAUUGCCACAAUGGAAAGUUUUAGUAGUUUUAAUAAUAUUCAAUCUCCUCUUGCCCCUCCACCUCCUCCCACUGCCUCUUCCUCUAAAAUGGAUCACGAUGUUACAAGCCCAAGAGCAACUUCAAGAACACCUUCUAGGUCAAAUUCGAGAAGUGCAUCAAUCAUAAUGUCAAGAUCAAAUUCCAAAUCAAAUUCCAUGAUUUCUUCUUUAAAGACAAAACAAAAUACCACUACCACCACUACUAAAGAAAAAAAUCCACAUCAUAAGGAUAAGCAUGCUCAUCGUGCUGCUUAUGCUGUUAGAAAUUAUAGUUCUAUGACUGAUUAUGAAAAGACUCAACUUGAUUUCGAAAAAGAAAGAGAUGAAUAUUUAAAACAUGUAACAUCAAAAGGUGUGAUUACUGCAGCUCAAUCAAAUGUAGAUGAAAAAUUAAGAAACUUGGAUCAAAAUUUAUCAAAUACCUUUGGUCAAGGGAAACGUGGUGUCAAUCUAUUUGGAAAUGAAAAAUAUAAUCAAGCUGCUAUAACAAAGGCUCAAGAAAUUUUUAAUAAACAAAUUAAUGAUCCAAAUAGAAAUAAAAUCGAUAUGGGAUCUGGUUUAUUUUUAUCCCAAGAAGAAAUCGAUGAUAUUGCAGCCAAGAUGUUAUCUCCUGUUUUGGAUGAAGUUUCCUCUAGAGCAGAACAACAACGUAAAAAUGAUUUAGAUAUUCAUCAAAGAGCUGAAAAAAAUUCAAAUGGAUUUUUAGACUUUAAGAAUUUACAAAUUUUAAAAGAUACAAAUGAUAAAAAAGUUUUAGAUGAAACUACUUUAAAACAUAAACAAGAAUUUACCAAUACUAAAAAUAAAGAAACUUCUAAAUUUAAUAAAUUGGUUGAAACAAAGGAAAAGGCAUUAUCAGCUAAACAAAAUGAUUUAAAUUUGACAAAGAAAAAAUUCAAAGACACUAAAGAUGCUUGUAAAUUAAAAAUGGAUAAUCAUAAAAAACGGUUAGCUAAAAAAUUCGCCAAUGUUAAAAAGACUGAAGAAGAAAAUCUGGCUUCAUUACAAAAGGAACAAGAUAUAAUGAUUGUUAAUAUAAAGACUCAAUUAGAAAUUGCUGAGAAAAAGCAAAAAGAUUUGAAUCUCAAGAAAAAUGAAAUCAUUUCAAAGCAAAAUGUAAUUAAAGAAUCUGUGGACAAAAGUAAAAAAUCGAUCGAAGAUUUUGAUCAACAAAUUCAUUCUUUAACUGUCGAAUUGAUUCAAAUUACAAAUGAAACAAAUACUAGCACCUCAAAUAAUGAAAAUAUUGAUGAAGAAUUAUUAGAUAAACAAGAAAUAAUUGAAGAUAAAUUAUCAAUGAUAAAGGCCAAGAAAGCUCAGUCUAAAGCUUCUUUGGCUUUGCAGAUUGCACAAUUGAAACAAUUACAAACUGAUUCAUUUGCUAAUUCUAGAAAUAUUCAAAUCAAUAAUACUGAAUUAAAUUUCAAAAGAGAACAAUUACAUUCUAUUAGAGAUAUUCAAAAUGAAAUUGAUAUUUAUAGUACUGAGGAUGAUGGUGAUGAUGAUAUCAUGCUUGAUGCAACAAGUACAAGAACUAGAGCCAUGGAAGCCGGUGAAGUAUAUGAAAAGAAAAAAUCUCAAUAUGCUAAAACAAGAUUAGAAACACCACUUCCAAUUCCAGCCACGAAUGCUAACGAUAAUGAUCUUGAUAUUGUUAGUGAUUUAAUUCCCCCCUCCAUAACUGAUGAAAGCGAUAUUGCUAAUAAUAUUUAUUAUAGUGAUCAUCCAUCUGCUGAAGAAUCAGGUAUGAGAAAGAAAACAGCAUCUCAUCCAACUUUGUACGACCAAGAUGAUGAUGAUGAUGAACCCGUUAGUGACUUUGAUGAAUGUGAGCUUAAUACUCAUGAGACUCAAAAACGUAGUUGGGCUUCUAGAUUUUUAUUAUCAUCUGGUGAAAGUAAAGCUACGACUAAUGAUGAUAAAAAUCUUUUAGCUGGCGAAGAAGGUGAUAAUGAGGGUGGCAUUGAAAAUAAUUCUCCAACGAAAUCUAAGAGUGUAACAAAUACCGCUAAUGAUGAACUUCCCGCAGAUACAGAGGAACCAUGCGAGGGGAAAGAUAAUGAUGUAACUGCGGAUCAAUUUAGUGGCUUUUCUCAAGGUACUUUACCUGAUGUUAAUAAUGAGAACGUUGAAGAUGAGGAUGAUCCUGACAAUGUAGACGCAAUAGCGCUUAAUAAUAUUAUUUCUCAAGCCAAGACAGCCUCAAAUUUGGUUGGUGCAUCCACAGUUGAAGCUGAAGCAAUGGGAAGAGAUAAUAGUUAUUUCAAAGAAGUUUUCUAA